CAGGCAGUUUUCAAAUGAAAGCAGUGUUGCCUUUAAGAGCCCCUCCGCUAUUACGAACCUACGUUUGUAAAUUAGCGUAUGGUCUUACGGUUUGUCAAAUCUCGGUCUAAGUUGAGAUGUAGCAAUAGAAAGGACACAUAGGAAAUGAAAUCGAUCAUCAUUUCACAAUUCGGAAGAGUUUAGUUAGAUAGUCUUUUCAUGUUGGUAUCUCAAGGAGGGAGAAGAUAAACUAAAGUUUCGAUAAUUCCGCCAGCACGUAAAGACACGCUAACAAACACGUCAAAACCGGAAGUGUUCUUUCCACGCCAGUUUAAACGCACGGUUUUGUCUUCUUGAUUUAACACUUAUAACGUUAAAUAUGAUUAUUUAUCUAUCUUUAUUUAUCUCUCGGACAGUUAAUUUCUUUCGUGAAACCGAGCAGUAGGCGAACUGAAAUCACAACAACAACCGCCGCCGCUAUAGAGAUGCAGGCGGAGAACGAGGAAGAGGAUGCUGUGUCCGUUGAAGAGUAUGUGGCCCGGUCUAGCUUCACCAGAAAUGACAACGACCAGCUUAGUUUUAGCAGCGGGGACGUGCUGCUCGUGCACGCCAAAACGUCUUCAGAGUGGUGGUGGGCGGAGUUGAGUGGGGUCAAAGGUUACGUUCCUGCCAGCUACCUGCUCCAGGGCGCUGAGGAGGAGGAGGAGGAGGAGGACCCAUGGCAACAUAAAGAAUACUUCGGCAGUUAUGGGACACUGAGGCUUCACUUGGAGAUGUUGUCUGAUAAGAGCCGCACUGAGGCGUACCGGCAGGUUAUUCUCAGCAACAGCGCUUCUCUGAGGAAUAAGGUGGUGAUGGAUCUUGGCUGCGGGACUGGCAUCAUCAGCCUUUUCUGCGCUCAACUCGCAGAACCCUCAGAGGUUUAUGCCGUGGAGGCCAGUUCCAUGGCAGAGUACACCAGGCAACUGGUGAAGCAGAACGGCUGCGAGGAGUUGGUCACGGUGCUGCAGGGACGAGCCGAGGAGAUCGAGCUCCCUGAGCAGGUGGACGUCCUGGUGUCGGAGUGGAUGGGAAACUGCCUGCUGUUUGAGUUCAUGGUGGAGUCGGUGCUGCUGGCCAGGGACCGCUGGCUUAAGGAAGGUGGCGUCAUGUGGCCGUCAUCUGCCGCACUCAGCCUAGUGCCAUGUCAGGCCGACAGCUAUUAUGCCGAGACGAUGGCCUUCUGGGAGCAGCCUUAUGGCCUGGACUUCACUCCUCUUCAGCCCCUGGCACAGCAAGAGUUCUUCACCAAGCCCAAGUUCAGUCACGUGAUUGAGCCCGAGGACUGCCUCACUGCGCCCUGCGACGUCCUGCAGCUGGACAUGUACACCCUGCAGGUCAAAGACCUGGAGGAAAUAAAGGGUCACUUUCAUUUCCGUGUGGAGAGGUCUGGUGUUUUUCACGGGUUCAGCGCUUGGUUCAAAGUUCAGUUUGAGAGCCUGCAGAGGGGAGGUGCCCCCGUGGAGCUCAACACCGGACCGAACUCUGAGCCCACACAUUGGAAGCAGACUCUGUUCAUGCUGGACAGGCCAGUUAGUGUGCAUGCUGAAGACGCCAUCAGCGGAAGCAUCAGCCUGCACAGGAACCCGGUCUGGAGACGCCACAUGACGGUCACUCUGCACUGGAGCGUUAAGCGCAGCCGGGAGGGAACAGGCGGCUGCCAGGUUGGGACAAAGAGUUUCCCCAUGUGGAGGUGACAGAAUUCUCCGUCGGCAUUGGUGAUCCAAAUACAUCCUCUGUCGAGUCGAGGGUCAGUGAGGUGACCUGGAAUGAAGUGUGAGGCUCAUCUGAGGCGACUCGUCGUCCCGUGGUGUUGAGCGUGAUGACUACAGGCCCAGGUGAAGCAUACGGCUCACUAUGAAUCAUGUUAGAGUGUCACUGUGGAGCGUUGGCUGGGUGGAAAGAGGCUUUACAAGAUGAUUGAUAUCUUCCACAUUCAUUAAUUCAUUUCAUGUACAUAGUCAUUUGUUUGACUGCUAUACAUAUCAGUUUUGUAUUGGUUUAAGGAAACAUUAAGCAUGGAUUUGAUGGUUUAGAUACCAUUUUAUAUCUUCAAAGAUUAAAGUGAACGAAGUACAUCAAUGAAAUGCUACAGUCACAACUUGCAAUUAGCCCAAUGUGCUGAAAUAGGCAUUGAAUAACAACAUUGUGGUACACAAUAAAUGAAUCAUUAACAAAAUAACUUGGAAAUGAAUAAACUUGUUUCUAUAUA